GCCCUGGUCAUGUGACAGACGUGAGCGUCGUUGGCUCCUCCUCCUCCAAGAUGGCGUCCUUGCUGCAAUCGGAGCGGGUUCUCUAUCUGGUCCAGGGAGAAAAGAAGGUUCGGGCCCCGCUCUCGCAGCUUUACUUCUGCCGCUACUGUAAAGAGCUGCGGUCGCUGGAAUGUGUGUCUCACGAGGUGGACUCCCAUUAUUGUCCCAGUUGCUUAGAAAAUAUGCCAUCGGCUGAAGCCAAACUAAAAAAGAAUAGAUGUGCCAACUGCUUUGACUGUCCUGGAUGCAUGCACACCCUCUCCACCCGGGCAACAAGUAUUUCCACACAGCUUCCUGAUGAUCCAGCCAAGACCACCAUGAAGAAAGCCUAUUACCUGGCAUGUGGAUUUUGUCGUUGGACCUCAAGAGAUGUGGGCAUGGCAGACAAAUCUGUGGCUAGUGGUGGUUGGCAGGAACCUGAAAAUCCUCACACACAGAGGAUGAACAAACUAAUUGAGUACUACCAACAGCUUGCCCAAAAAGAGAAGGUUGAACGAGAUCGCAAGAAACUGGCGCGGCGUAGAAACUAUAUGCCGUUGGCUUUUUCGGAUAAAUACGGUCUUGGAACCCGACUUCAGCGACCACGAGCUGGUGCAACAAUCAGUACCCUUGCUGGACUUUCCCUUAAAGAAGGGGAGGACCAGAAAGAGAUAAAAAUUGAGCCAGCUCAGGCUGUAGAAGAAGUGGAGCCUCUACCUGAAGACUAUUAUACAAGACCAGUAAAUUUAACAGAGGUGACCACUCUUCAGCAGCGCCUCUUACAGCCUGACUUCCAACCAAUUUGUGCUUCACAGCUCUAUCCUCGUCACAAACAUCUUCUGAUUAAACGGUCCCUGCGCUGCCGGCCGUGUGAACAUAAUUUGAGCAAACCAGAAUUCAAUCCAACAUCUAUCAAAUUCAAAAUCCAAAUGGUUGCUGUCAAUUACAUCCCAGAGGUGAGAAUCAUGUCAAUUCCUAAUCUUCGCCACAUGAAGGAGAGCCAGGUCCUCCUGACUCUCACAAAUCCAGUGGAGAGCCUCACCCAUGUGACACUGUUGGAGUGUGAGGAGGGGGACGCUGAUGAUAUCAAUAGCACUGCAAAGGUGGUGGUGCCUCCCAAAGAGCUCGUCCUAGCUGGCAAGGAUGCAGCAGCAGAGUAUGAUGAAUUGGCAGAACCCCAGGACUUUCAGGACGAUCCUGAUGUUAUCGCCUUCAGAAAAGCCAACAAAGUGGGUAUUUUCAUCAAAGUGACCCCACAACGUGAGGAGGGUGAAGUGACCGUGUGCUUUAAGAUGAAACAUGAUUUUAAAAACGUGACAUCCGUCCGCCCCACUGAAGAAGGUGACCAGAGCGCCGAAGUCAUCUGGCUCACCCAGCACGUGGAACUCAGCUUGGGCCCACUUCUUCCUUAAGAGGUAUCACUGGCAGCCAGACCCCAAAGGACAGUAUCACUACCACCCACGUUAAAAUGUGGACACCUCUACUUCUCUAGGCCUUGUUUAUAAUGAUGUACCCAUGCACUACUGAAUCCUGUUCCUAUAAGGGGUGUGAGCAUAGGCCUGCACUGGGGACACAGGGUAUAACCGCCAAUCCCCUUGCUCUCACUGCUGUUAACGAGUAAAUCUGUGUCUCCCUCACUGAACCCUGCACGUUGAAUAACCACAGCAUAAUCCCAUCCCAAGAUAGAGGAUGGCUGUUCUUUGGAGUGGCCUUUGAUUUGCCACCCGAGAAACUUUCUGUACUAUCUCCCAGUCUGAUCUCACUAAAAAAAAAAAAUCACAAUUUCACAGAUAAAACUUUAAAUGUUAAUGAAAGAGGGGCCUGCUGUUCAUGCCCUGUCGGUGCGCCCACUGGUUUUUGCAGUCCAUGAGAUACAGCCUCAUUGUCAAAACUACCCUUCACUUGCCACCAUGGCUUCCAUCGUUCCAUGGGUUUCCAUUUGAUCAAAAACUAAGAUCUUUAGUUUUGUGGUGAUUGGGAAAACCUGUGACAUUCUUAAGGCACUUCAUGUGUCCUCUGCCAAAUGAAUACAAAAUAUUAAUCCAUAUUUUUUUUGAACCUAUCAGUUAAAAAAAAAUCUUUCCCAGUAGAAUGUGGAGCUAGUUAGGAAGAAUUUAAGAAGUAGGCAAUUACAUCCUGUCAAGGGGGUGGCAAAUUCCAUUCUUUGUAAAUCUUGUCAUAGUUAACUUGGCCAUGGGGAGGCAGCCUUUGUGUUUUACUCUCUGUGGCCUCUCAUCUCUACUCUGUCUCUUUAACUCAGUAAAUUGCUCUGAGUAUUUGGGGUUGGGAAAGAGCCCAAAGAAUCCUUGAUGGACAAAUUCACUUCUGGCAUACAGAAAAUAUUUAAAGGUUGGAUUUUUAGCAUGAUCUGAAUUAAUGUUCUUUCCACUGAUUUGAAAGGGAAAUUACAACUUUUCAUCUCUUAAAUCCAAAACUAGAUGCUAAGAAAAAUACCAUGUUCCUGUGUUUAAGACUUAUCAUAUGGUAUAUUGAACAAGACCAUUUUGAUUGUAAACCAUAAAUAAUUCAGCAAAUCGCUCAGAACACUUGCCUAACAGCACACAUGCUGUUUUCGCCUGGCAUCCUGGUGUGGGGUUACUCACCUUAAUUUCUAUGAUAGUUUCUAAGUGAGACUUCACAAAGUAGACAAGUUGUGUGACAUUUUUUGUUAGUGAACUAUUAGCAAGUGGCCAACAUACUUUUGGGGAAAAAAUUUUCUUUUUACCCUGAUUGUUUUUUAAGUUGAAGUCUUUACUUUUAAAAAGAAAGAUAUAUAAUGAUCUAGAAUACAGAUAGGACAUAGUAACUUCUCAGCUCCACUGAGAGGAUAAAAAUAAAUAGAAAGACUUUGAAAGACACUAAAUUGUAUGUUUAAGGUCAGGCCAGUUUUAUGAAACAAUAUUCCACAGAUUAAUAUAUUUGCUUCAAUGUAAGGGAAAAAAAUCCUAUCUCUACUAUUAUGGCAGUAAUAAGGUUUAGCCUCUUAGGAGUUGGGGUGGUGGGAAAGGGGUUAUAUAAUGACAAAUUUACAGACUAUAGAAAUAGUUUAAUUUUUGUGACCCCACAGAGUGUCAAGUUCAUUUUUAUUUCCUGACCUACUAGAGCCUGCUGUGAAACCACUGUUCACUAUUGGCCAGUGGAAGGAUUGGGCCUCUAAAUAGAGACUAGCUUUAGAUGUCUACACCUUUGCAUAGACUGUACACCAUUGUUGGCCGUGCACUUACGGCAUAUCACUGUUAUUUGUUCCCAAAAGUAAUAAUGUUGACGUGAUGGGUCUCAUCAGCCCCAUGUGAUACAAAAACAGACACUUCUGAUCAUAGGAGUUUUUUUUCUUCAGAAGCCAAAUUGCAGAAUAGCAGAGCCCUUGGUUUAAUGUUUCCUUGAGAUAGUUUUCAGUGCAAGCUUAUGUUCUGUGUGCUAGAAGAAAUGGUUUAACACCUGCAGCUGGUGGUUUGGAAUUUUAUUUGUUACUUUUUUAUAUUAAAUUAGGUGUAAGAUUUUUAAUGCCUAGUAGUUGUGCACCACUGCAGGAGAAUUCGAUGUCAUUAGCACUUGAAACUACAAUUUUGGAAACUUAAAGCUAAGUUAAUUUGGAUUUGUGAUUUGAUUAACCUACCAAAGUUUUUUGUUCAAAGUGCUUAUAGGCAUAAUGAGGUAGCGUCGUGCAUAUUUGUAAAGAAAAAUCCUUUGACCCCUGUGAGAAUGAGAGGCAUUCCUUUAUCUUUAUGAAUGACAGGUUACUGUUUUGCCUUAUUGCUUAACUUCAUGUAGUGAAAUAAAGCAGACAAA